AUCACUCCCAACCAAAAACAAUGAAUAGCGACAAUUUUGGAUGGGGAGAAAGAAGUGACUCCGCAAGAAGGUAGACAUGGAUAUCUUCUGACAGUACGCAGAGCAUCUGCAACGGUUACUUACAUCGUUGACCCGUGAACAAGAUCGACAUUCCCGAAUCUUUCUUCACGUCAUUCGCAGUGAUUUUACACUUGCUUUUUUGGGUGGGUUUGACCGGCGAGCAUGGGGGUGGGCUUCGGGAUGUUUUUUCCGACGAAGAAGCCCGUAAAAAAUUUUGCGGAUCCGAACCUAAUACCGAGGGUGAAUAGGAUGAUUGAAAAAAUUGGCGACCAGCUUACGGGACGGGAAAACAACAACACACGACGUACUAAAAGCUAGCGUGUUUACGCUUUGCUUCAUUUUCAAAAGCUAAUUAGAUGCGAGUUGUUUCUUUGCCGACUGAAUGCAGAAAGUACUAGGAAAACCUAUCCUUUUAGAGUUGCACAGGUUUCUUUUCGUUCUCCUACGCGUGGUCGGAAUGUGAAUGCAACUCAAAAUAGGUUUUCUGCGUCUAAACGGGAAAUCUCCCAAUUCGAAGUGGCUUAUCUGGAAACUUGAAACGCUUCGCGACUACUGGCGGGGCGUAAAAACUGUUCGUAUCGGGGGGUUGAGUACUCCAGGCAAUCCUUUAUUGCUCCCGAAAGCUUGGGAGGGGAUGGCGGUUGCCAAGCAAGUGGUGAAAUUCGACGAUCUCCCGCCCCUAGGCAACACGCUCAAGGAGGAAUUGAUCAGGAAGUGCCAGCAGGAAAUCUGGGAGGGCUCCUAUCGUCAUGGAAACUGGACUCCGGCUCAAUGGGACCAACUCGCCAACAAGGUGGCAGCAGAAUACAUCCGAAGUGAAGAGUACGAAAAUUACUAGGAUAGGCAUUGUUAUUGUGCUUCAUCUUUGACAAGUUUUUCCGUUCGGUAGUAUUUGUGAUUGCCUCAACAUAGUUUAAAUUUUGGAAAGAACUGUCACGAAAUCCAUUCGGGAAUAGUUUGCAUAGUGAAGUCAGAAACGAAUCCACCUCACCAACUCCAGAACGAAACCUCGGUUAGACUCAGAUGAAGAGAUUACAAAUCGGCUGAGCUCCACCCUACAGACCCAUGCAGCGACAACUAUUUCCACUUCUCGACCGGCUCUGUCCACCAUGCGCUUCGAUGCCAUGGCCGUCAUGCAGAUUACAGCCAUUGUGUUUAUUGCCGCUUUGGCAUUGCGUUGGUGUCUGCGCCGCCGUUGCGACCAUCGCCACGAGGCCUCGAACCGUGGCACGGCUUUGCCGAAGUAUGGCGCUACCGCGAACGACUGCAUGGAAGAAUGCUAG